AUGUCAAAUCACGUUUGGCUACAUCCUACCGAUAAAAACCUGUUAAACAGCAGAGCUGAUGAUUACUUUAGAGAUGUUUCUUAUUAUCUUGACUUACAAACUAAACUUAAAAGUUGGAACAUGACCUAUGACUAUCUAUUAUAUAUUUAGGAAGGAUCAAUUGAUUUAAUGAAAAUAGUAAAUUUUUAAAGAAAGGCUCCUGCCAACGCUAUUACAUUAAUAAGAGGUAUCCCUGAUUUGCAUAAAACUUUUGAGACAAGUGAAAAUCUUUUAGAUUUCAACUAUAUUAACAUUUAAUAAGACGAAGAAAUAAAUAGCCUCUAAAUUAGAUUUAAGCAAGCUAGAGAUCUAUUUCCAAGACAAGAUGAACAUAACUCUGAUCCAAUACUUCAAUGUAUUGUUAGAGUGAUGCUGAAAAUCUAUAAUAACCAAAAAGAGUAUAUAAUCUAUAGUGUAACUCGAAGAAAAUCAGGAAGUGUCGAUCUAUAUAGUAAUAUGAUGUUCAAACAUUUGAAGCACUCUGACUCAGUACUAUCCUUUGAAUAAGCAGUAGAGAUCUAGGAAAAUGAUAAAUUUAAGAUGAGUGUCAUCCCUAUAAAGAUUGUUGAGAGAUAUGCUAAGCUCUAUUAGUCUUUCCACAUGAUAAUGGUUGGGAGCUAAACAACUUGUUUAAUUGCUCAUUAAAACUUUAUUUCAGCUUUUGACCUUAUUGCCUGGAAAUGGGUUAACCAUAUAUAAUUUGAUUCAAAAAUCAUCCAACUAUUCUUUUAAAAGGUGUUUGACCCUAACUAAUAGGAUGUCUACAUUUACAAAUCUUGCGUUUUGUUAGAAAGUAAAAAGAUAUACAUGGAUAUUUCAAGAUUUUUUGAUAGAGAGGAUAUUGUAACUUAAGUUGAAGAAUUAACUUUUGAUUUACCAUUUUAGUAUCAUAAGUCUAUUGAAGUCAGUGACACUACAGAUUAAAGUGAUGCCUAUUUUCUUCUUCAUGAUGGAAAAAGUGUCGUUGUAAUUCUACACGAGAUGCAAAUGAUAAAAUAUGAAUUUCCUCAAAGAGAUAAGAAAAAUUAGCUUGAAUUAGUAUAGCUUUAAAUGUCUAAGUAAGAAAGAAAUCAAGGCUAUAAAAUAGUAGUCUCAAUCAACCAUUAAUUCUCAGUACAUCUUUUGUUAAAAAGAGAUAAAACAUAUAUCACUAAAGAAUUUGACAUUAAUGUUGCCAACCAAUAGUCUAUCUAAAUGAACGACUUUCACUCAGCUUUUACUCUUAAUAUCGAAAAUCACAUUGUACUUUUUAACAAAUAACAUGCACUUAUAUUGGACCUUAAAAAUCGCUAGGCAAAUUAAGCAGAAGAUAUAAAUUGUUAAGGAUUCAUACUUUUUAGUAAAUUUAUUAACUAUGCACUGUGCUAUGAAUCAACUAUUUCAUCUUCACAAGGACUUAAGAUGAUAGAUGCAAUAGUUUUAUCAGAAUCUAAUCAAAUUCAAAUGCUCUUAUUGAAAGAAGAAGAUAUUGGAGCUUAUUCCAAUAUCUAUUUUGAUUCUGAUAUUUCUAGAAUUUGUUUCAUGCAAUCUGUUAACCAUAUCAUCAUUUUACCUUACCUUCACACUAACAUCAAUAAAUUUAUGGGAAUGGGAGACCCAAAAGAAUAUCUAUUUCAUAAAGUAAAAGAUCAUAAAAUGAUGGCCUUAAGGUAAAAUGGAGAAUUAGUAACUUGGGAUAUCUGUAAUGGAAAAUAUAUAAGUUCAUUUUUACUUCCUUAAAAUGACUAUACCAAAUACUAAUACUAUACUAUGAGCAUGGAUAGAUUCAUUUUAAUGUCUAAUGAUGAUAUAACCGAUUGUAAUGAUAACUGGUUCUUUAAUGGUGUAUAAAUGGCUACAACAUUUGAAGAACAAAUUCCUGUAAUUUAGGCUACUCCUCAUAAAUUCAAAAAGUUUUUGCUAGUUGAUAUAGAAGAUUCAAUGAAUAUUAAUGUACUAUUAGAAUUCAUAUUCCCUUUGUUUUCAUUCCAAAAAAUGUUUAUUAAUAGUAGUAAUGAUAGAAUGAUAAUCCAGCUUGAGUUCCAAAGAAUCUUUAUCUAUAAGAGAGUAGAUAACUUAGUCUAUAAUAUUUAAGGUAAUACAUCAUGGGAGCUAAUAAGAUAAAUUACAGAUUAUCCAUACUUUUUCGAUAAUCCUAAGACAGUUGGUAAACUAGAACCUUUUACUCAUGAUUUUCAAUUAUUUAUUAAUUACAGUAAAGAACAAAAACAGUUUCUUCUUAAAUAUACUGAUACUGGCGAAUAGCAUUCAGUCAUUCCUACAGAUAUUUUAACACUUAUGCCUUUUGAAUCUUCAAUGGAACUUAUGAAUAGAUUUAAAUGGUUAGAUACAGAGCGAUUCAUGUUUACAAAUAUUGAGGGAUAUGAGAAAAUUGUGAGUAUAAAAACAUAAUAAGUUCUAGCGUAAAAUUAUAGACCACUUUUUAAUGAUAUUUCUGGUAAAGAAUGGAAAGAAUGGCCUUAUUACAAUCUUAGAGAAGACUUGAAAGUUGACAUACUUUCAAGGCUGAAAAGAGUAUACCAAGCAUAUAAAUCCUUGUAUUAUUUGCAUGAAGUAAGAGACAGUUAAGAAUUUUAUAGACAUCUUCUUAGCGUUGAUUAACAAAAUUAUGAAUACUAUGAGCACAGCUUUACUUUUUUACAUUGGAGUUUAAUGGAUUAAAUGGUAAAGAAAACGAUUAAACUCAAGCAAAUAUAACCUGAAAUGAUAGAAUUUAUGAUUUACAAUAUCUUGCCAGGAGGAAACACAAUUCUUCAUAAAAUGUUUAAGUCCUAAAACAAAAUUGCUAAAAUUUUCAAGAUCUGCCACGAAUAAAACUAAAUAAAGUACCAUAUUCCAUUCUUGCAAAAUUUCAAUGGAAAUUCACCUAUUGAUCUUAGCAUAGAUAUAGGCUAAAACGAUUUUAAGAGCAUAUUUUCAGUACUUCAAUAUUUAGGACUAUAUCCCAUUGAUCAUCAUUCAAGAGCAAUAAAAGGAUCACUUUAUGUUAUGAUAGAAUAGGAACUUCCUGAAUUCUUAGAUUAUUUAGACACAAGAUUCUAAUAAACCUAGGCAAUGUAAAAAUUUGACAAGGGCUAAAUUGAGACUGAGAUUAUUACCAGUAGCUUUUGCAUGUAAGAGGCUUAAGUUCAAUAGAAAAUGCUCAAGGAUGUAAGUUCUGAAGCUAAAAUUCGUAUUGAACUUCUUGAUAUACCUGGAGCUUAUCAUUAUUUAGACCCAGACUUCAUAAAAAUAUUCAAAGCAUUAUCAUAAGCUGAAUCAUACAAGAUAUUCGAAAAUAAAGCAAUCAUGUAUUUAAUUGAUUUUAAUUUCCCAGUUGUAAGGAAUUUUCUACUCUUGCUCUUGAUUAUACCAUUUACAAUAUUUCAUGUUUCAUUUGUAGUCUACAUGAAUGUUAUAUAUGAGCGUAGAUCAGAGAGCUAAUUUUACGAAAAUGCUAACUAUGUUUUAGCAAUCUAUCAUCUUAUAAUGUGUGCUUAUUUCUUAUUCAAUGAGAUGAGAUAGAUAUAUAACAUUGGUCUCUAAUAUCUUUAUUCAGUUUGGAAUUAUAUCGAUCUAUUAACGCCUGCUGGUGUGGUUGUACUUCAUUGCUUUUAAUUUGCUGAAUUUAAAGAAAUGGAAGUAGAUUAAGUCCUUAAUAGAUGUGUGCUAGCUAUUGUUACAUUCCUAAUGUGGUUGAAAUUUCUUUCAACUCUAAGAAUAUUUAAGAACACUGGAUACUUGAUAAGAAUGAUAGUUGAAGUUAUUUAUGAUAUGGGAAUUUUCUUGUUUGUCUUACUAAUAACUGUUGCUGCCUUUGGUGACUCAUUCUUGAGAAUAUCUUGGGGAAAUGAAGUAGAAAAUUAGUUCACUCCAUCUUUUGUCUAUGCUAUUCUCUUUGCCUAUUCAAUGAUUCUAGGAGGAUAUGACACUGAAGCUUUUGGUGAUGUUGCAGUUCCCCUUGUAUGGGUAUUUUGGGUUCUCUGCACCAUUCUCGACAUGAUUGUGAUGCUUAACUUACUUAUAGCAAUUAUUUCAAGCACUUUUGAUAGAGUAAAUUAAAAUUAAGAAUAGGCAAGUUACUAAGAAAUGGCAUCACUUAUUUCAGAAAAUCAUUAUCUUAUUCCAAAAAGAACAAGGCAAAAAUAUGCUGAGCAGAAUGUUUAUCUUCUUGUUGGAUAUGACUUAGAGAAAAUGAAAGAGUUCAAGGAUCCAAUAGAUUAAAAGUUUUAAGAUAUGAGAAAUGAGAUUCAGGAAAUUAAAAAAACUUUGAGAGAUGAAAUUACCCAGCAAGAAUUAAGAAAUCAAAAGGCGAUAGAAGUAUAAUAAGUGACAGAAUAAAAUUUAAACAUAAAGUUAGGAGAGAUUAAAUUAAUGAUGUUUUCGUAAUUGCCCUAAGAAAAUGUAAAAAUCAGAAUGUAUGCUAAAGAACUUACUAAAACUACUCUUUAUCAUUUGAGAGCAAAAUACAAAAAUGCUAAGUUUAGAUGGACUUGCUACAGUGGUAAUUUUAGUGGUUGCUUAAGCGGAUAUACUGUGAAUGAAUAUAGAUACAAGAAAGACGAUUAAGUUUAUCAUUGUUAACCCUGCAGUUUCGAUUUAUGUGAUAAAUGCAUUACUAAAUACUCAGAUGUUCAUUAGCAUCCGUUAGAACUCAAUACUUUUGCUUAAUUGAAAGUUAAAGCAAGGUAUUCUGGUUGGGGUUGUGAUGGGCGCUAUCUAGUUUCAUGUUCCCUUGAGAAUAAAUUUCAUGAUGAUCCAUUUGAGUAUCUUUAUAUUGAUUACGAAGCGAAGGUUAUAUUCUGUGAGAUUUGCAUUAAGAAUCAUAGGACUUGA